CAUAAUGGGGCAGUGCUUCAGAGAGAAGCUGAACUCCACACUGGUGAUUUACUAGGGCUUGGAGAGCACUUUCUUUUUAUGUAUAAGGACCCUAGAGCACCACAGUCAAGACCUGCCUGGCUUCCUCAGUCCUGGUCCUCUCCUGGAUUGAGUGGGGCCUUUUCAUGUCAGAUGUGUGGGAGGUCACUCCAAGAGCGGCAAGAGGCUGUCCAAGCUUAUAUAGAGAGCAAGGAUUUGGUGCUUCAAUACCGCUCUCAGGAAGAGGAUGCUGUAUUAAAAGAGAUUAUUGAGAAAAAUGGCAACCCAAGCACUGAAUUUAAAUUGUCCCCUGCCUACCUCUUCAGUCUCUGCAUUGAGCACUCAACACGAGCCCUGGAUCCUGGUCACUUUCCUAAACUGGUAAUGAAGAUUGCCACCAUGAUUAAGGAAGUUGUCUGGGAGAAAAUUAAAGAGAUUGGAGACAAACAACCAGAAAACCAACAGGACAGAAGUUUUUUGAGCACACUGGGGAUUGAGGAGGUGGCCACU